AUAUAAAUUAGGAGUAUUAUCAUUCGAUUCUUUGCUCAUUCAUAGUUUCAUAACUAUCUUCUGAGAAUUAAGAAAUGAUGUUUGAUAAUUCAAAAAUAUUUAAUUUCAUAAAUUAAAUUAAUAUCACGAUAUUACAUAGGAGUAGAAUAUCGUCGUAGUGUCUAUCGUAGUACACCAAACUAGGAAAGGCAAUCUGCCAGCCACCUGGUGUCAGCAGUCGGAUGCGUAGCACUUUUAGCCAAUGAGGACCGUAUACUAGACCUGUCAAACCGAGAUACCGUUCGUACUGAUCAGAAAGUCCCAGUUAAUACCAGUAACGAUCUAACACCACCAGAAAAGAGUUGAAAGGUUUAAAGUAAUGGGCAACGACAGCGGAGAAGACAAGAUGAAUGCCCUGCAAAAAUUGGAAGAUGAAGCAAAAACUGCUGCGACAAAGCACAUAAUUAAUAUGUUACAACGUCCUGGUCAGUUGGAAAAAGUAGAGCAGUACAAGCGUAGAAUUAGCCGUAAGAAAGCCUCGAUCGAGACCAAGUUAAAAACGGCAAUGCAAAGCCAAUUGGAUGGGGUCAGAGUAGGUUUCAAUCAACUCCAAGAUGCACUGAUAAGCAUUGCUGCAAUAAAAAAUGAACUAGACUUGAUCGGAAAAUCAUUCGGGUCUGCUCCUGAGCUGAGCAAUACUUUGCAGGUUGUACAAGAUGAAAAUAUGCGUCAUUCACAGUAUGUAACUGCCAAAGAAAACCUCAAGCAUAUAUUCACUGUCCCUGAGAGUGUGGAAAAGACAAAACAGUGGAUCAAUGAUGGUAAACUAUUACAUGCGCAUCAGAGUCUAAUGGAUCUUGAGAACUCUAGGGAUGAUUUACUUUAUGAGCUACAUAAGCUUCCAAAUCAAUCUCCAGCUGACAAGGUCAUGCUUAAGGCAUAUUUUGAGGAUGUUGAAACUCUCUCGCAACUUAUGGGAAAGCAAAUCAAAUUGGUGGUAGGUCGUACCUUAAAUACAGUUAGAAAAGAGCCAACGAUCAUCGUUACAGCACUCAGAAUAAUAGAGCGAGAGGAAAAAGCUGACCAAUUUGCAGUUCAAAGAUACAAGCAAAGUGGAUUCAUUCCUCCUGGAAGGCCUAAGAAUUGGAAAAAUAUGGCUAUAGAAGUUCUGGAAAAAUCUGUAGCUAAUAGAGUAGAGGGUACUCAUGUGGAUGAACGGGCAGACAAUAAGAUGUGGCUGGCCAGGUAUCUGGAACUCGCGCGUCUCUUGAUCCUGGAGGACUUGAGGGUGGUCAAAACGCUGUGUGGUCCUUGCUUCCCUCCUGCAUACAACAUUGUUAGAAGAUUUGUCGAGAUGUACCACAACAGUUUAUCGCAACAUCUAAAGGACAUAAUUGCAAAUGGCCUUGAAGGGAACGAAUAUGUUUCGUUGCUGUCAUGGAUAAUGAACACUUACACAGGUGUGGAAUUAAUGCAACAUCCAGAGCUGAAUAUAGACACUUCAGAUAUAGGACCGCUAUUGAGCAACGAAAUGCUUUCUGAGCUGCAGGAUCAAUACCUCAGAAAUAUGCAACAAAACUAUGAGGAGUGGAUGAAGAAGACCCUAGAAACAGAAAAAGUUGACUGGUGGAGUGGUGUCUUACCAGAAGGUAGCACGCAAGAAGCCUAUUAUCACACUGCGGCACCUGUCAUCAUAUUUCAAAUGGUAGACCAAAACUUACAAGUAACUAAGACGAUCAGCAAUCAGUUAACAGCUCGAGCUCUUGUCUUAUGCAUAGACCAGGUAGUUAAAUACUGCGCGACUUACCGUCAAGCAAUUCUAGAGUUCAAAGGCAAACAUUUUGAGGAUCGGAGCAGGGUUCCCUAUUUCACGCACCAUAUGAUUACUAUUGUCAACAAUUGCUUACAGUUCAUUGAGCUCGCUCAGCAAAUGAAACAACUUUACUGGGUUUCCAAUGCCAGUGACGACGCUGCUGUUAAGUUUGAGGCACUCCUUGCUAAUUACCAACAGUUGAGAGAUGAAGCAGUGACCAUAUUACUGGAGGAAUCAUUCCUUGACCUGGAACUCCACUUCCAAGAUCUGCUCACACCUAAAUGGCUAUCGUCACCUAUACCUGUGGAAACUAUUUGUGUCACUUUAGAGGAUUAUUUUCAGGAUUACAAUCAUUUGCGAAUCAAAAAUUUUGAGUAUGUGAUUAAGGAGGCUCAAAAUCUCAUAGCCAAGAGGUACAUAGCAGCUAUGCUGCAAAGAAAGAUAUCCUUGAAAACUUAUGAUGAGUGCUUAACUUGCACUUCAAAGAUAAUGACAGAAGCUGAAAAGAUCAAGAAUUUUUUCAUCCGAAUUGCGCCAAAAGUAGGCAAUUUUGACUCGCCAUUCGAAGUUAUAAAAAGACUGGCUGAGGUACUGAGGUGCGAAGAUUCUGAAAUCCUCUCUCUAGACUUGCAUUCUCUUGUUGAAAAAUACCCGGAUAUGACAGAGGAUCACUUGGUACGACUGUUGAGUCUCAGAGGCGACAUACCGAGAGCUAUGGCUAGGGAAAAAGUUGCAUACAUUUAUGAAGCACAACGGAAUCGAACUACUACACAGACUAUGCCUAACAGUAUAUUCAAGCAAAUUGUUAUACAGGACAGCUUCUUGAAUUGGAAACCAUAAGUUUGCUUAGUAAUAAGUGGAACACUUAUCAACAGUCAAUCUGACAAUGAAAGUGCUGAUAGUGUAAGAGCAUAUUUCUAGCUUAGGUAUUCCUGUUCCUCACCCAGUACCACUAUCAUUAUACAUACAUAUGAUUGUACAUACUCAAGUUAAGAUAAUAAAUGACUCCUUAAUUUUA